UAAAGUGAGAUAUUUUUUUUAAAUUGUGUGAAAAUUGUAAACAUAUGUCAGUUGUAAAGUAAUAUUUACAAUCUUAAAGGGUGUAAAAUUUCUAUCGCUUUCCUGACUGAACUAGGUGGUCUAUCAAGAAUUCAAAUUCUUUAUAUGUUUAUAUAGUAAGAUAUUUUUUUAUGAAUGAUUUCGUACCCUGAAAUAUCGUCUGCAGAAAUUAAUUAGAAUAUUUACAGUUAUGCCAAUAGAUUGCAUUUAAACUCGAACCAUAUUUUUUUUUUUUUAAGUGCUCAGAAAUCUUUUUUAUUUUGUGCCAGUUACCAGUGUAAAUAUUUCACUUUAUUUUUCCGUUACUCUUUUUUUUUUCUCUUCGUUUCUUUGUUGUUAUCUAGAUGUAUCAAUAACUAAUUUUGUUGUUGAAGUUGUAAAGAAUAGAGUUUGAUAUUCCUGCAUUAAAUCAAUAUUUGAAUAUGUUUUUACAACAUGAAACAUCCUGCUUCAUAUCAUAUUCUUAUCUAACACAAAUAUAACACCUUAAAAUGCAUCUCUAUUUUUUUUUUCGUGUCUUCUUUGUGGAGUAAACGUUUUUAUGAAGCUUUCAGAAAACUGUUUUAGUUAGUGACAUGUUUGGGGAAAUCCUUAUUAUGGAGAAUUCUUGAAAAUUGAUUUUGAUCUUACGGUUUUUUAGUCACGAAACGUUGUGCAAUGCAUGUUGAUUCUACUGAUACUUCGGCAUCUUCCGUGAGUUCACCAACGCCACAACACCGUGACGGGUUGGAGACAAUAAACAUAUUAUCAUUUCUUAACCGUAUUACUGAUGAGUUAAGCUUUCAUUUCAAACGAAAUGCUGUGAAAGAAGGAUACUGCGAUAACAUCUACGAUCAGGUUUUUUUCACACCAUCAUCCGGAUCAUUGUCUUACUAUAAAGAUUUGGUAGCACAAUCAUCAAAUAGCUCUGCAGAAGUGGAGUUACCUAAUCAAGCACAGCAAUUCAAAAAAACUGUGACAGAACAAAAAAUAUUCUACUGCUCGAGUUCCUGUACUGGAUACCGCAACUCAUCAAUCGGUGCCGGACCUCUCGAAGAUUUAUUUCAAGUAUUAAGGCCUAACAUCAACGAAUCAUAUGCAUCUAAACUUUUCCUUGGUGAUUCUGCGAACUUAGCUGCUUUCUCAAAUACCGAUAACGGUGCAGAUUAUGACUGGCAACAGUUGACAUCAGAUGGAGAUGAUUUUUCGGAUUUCAUUGACAUUCUUCGUCAAUGGCCGUCUGAGAGUUAUCAAGAACCAUUUCCAACUUAUGAUACAAGUGUUUAUAAUUUAUUUGAUGAUUAAAGAAGGAGAUUUGUGUGAGAUGAAAUGGUGUUGGAUUUUCAGAUUUCAUCGUCAUUCAUUACCAGCUGCUGCUGAAAGCUAUCAACCACUAUUUUCAACGUCUGAUAUGAACAUCUAUACUUUUGUCUGAAGAUCAUGAAAAGGAAUUUAUAUGUUUCUAUGGCAUAAAAUGAAAUUGAAUUUCCGAAUUUCUUAGGCAUUUUUCAUCAAAGACUGUUUGAAAGUUGUUGGCUGUUGAAAAUUCAGUGAAAGAGUUUAGUGCUUUUCAACAACAUGAAAUGGAUUUCAAUUUUCUGAUUUCCUUGACUUACACUUCGCAAUUGACCGUUUAUAAUAGUAACAUUUUCUAGCCACUAGUUCGGAUAUUUAUCAUUUAUUUAAAGAUCAAUGAAAUAGAUCAAUGUGUUUCUGUAUAGACAUAAAAUGCAUAUGAUCUCAGUAAUUUAUUCGAAAUAUAUUUUUGAUAUUCCUGAAAAGCUAUUUUCAUCGCCUGAGAAAUUCUUGUUUAUUUGAAAAUCAGUUUAAAAAUUUAGUACUGGUUUUCUUAAAAAUGACAGACGAUUUUUUAAAAAAAUAGAAGAUAUCGAAA